GGAAACAUCAUUCGAUGCUGUCAUCAUCACAACGCGGCGGGAGUGUGAUGUGGGACAUUGUGGGGCGGAGAUGUGAGCUCUUCGGGGGUAUACCUAAAGAGGGAAAAAGGGCCGUCCGAAAAAAAAAAAAGAGGGAAAAGGGAUCGCUAGAACGAGGGCGGCGAUAUCAUGAGGUUAGGUUUCUUCAAAUAUUGAAUUCACAUCGAUUCAAAUUUCAGACCCCAGACCUUCAGCACUCGUUCUUCGUCGUCUACUCGUCUUCGCCAGUCGGACAUACACGAAGAGAAAGAAUCUAUCAAGCAUGGAGGAAAAUACGAAGAGAGCAAAACAAGAAAAAUGUUGUGCAGCGCUGUCGCCGAAUUUCAUCCCAGACGAAAUUAUCGACGACAUACUCUCAAGGCUGCCUGUCGAAUCUCUUAUGCGUUUCAAGUCUGUGUGCAAAUCAUGGUGCGAUAAAAUCGGUGAUCCUCAUUUCAUCAGGAUGCAUCUCAAUCGAGCAACUCGUGAAGCGAGCAACUACUCUCAUUUUUUCGUCAAAACUUCGACCACCCUCCAUUUCGUUGAUCUUGAGUCAUUUCGCAAGGCUAAACUAGUCCUGCCAUUUGAGAAGACUUCAAUCAAGAAAGUCCAAUUGGUGGACACCUGUAAUGGCUUGGUAUGUUUAUCACUUGGCUCCAGACUCACUUAUUUGUGGAAUCCCGCGACCAGAGAUUGCAGACAACUGCCGAUUGAAUUUCACAGAUCUGGAUACUAUACUCCGUAUCUGGGGUUUGGUUACGAACCCACAUCCGAUGAAUACAAGGUGGUACGACUCAUUUAUGGCUCAAAUUAUCGCAAACAUGAACUCAUCGAGAGUAAUUUGUACACGCUGGGGACAAAUUCCUGGAAAAAGCUUGAAAUUGGAUCCCAUCCAUACGCUAGUGGCUUUUACGGUCAUGGCAGUUGGCUCCAACUUAGUCACGCCCUUGGCAAAAGGUCUAUUCACUGGAUCAUAUAUGGAAGUGAUUGGACUAAAAUUGCUGCUUUUGAUCUCAAGGAUGAAAUGUUUAGAGAGGUUUCGUGCCUGCCGCGUGGCAUGGAUGAUGAAAUUGAUUGGGGCCACGGAUUGCAUGCGCUUGAGGGGUGCUUGGCAGUAGCUUGCAACAGACGCUCUGGUACUGACAUAUGGGUAAUGCAGGAUUAUGGCUCAGAGAAUUCUUGGACUAAAAUGUUCUCUCUCACUCGGUCAGACUUUGGGGAUUAUAAAUAUUUUUGUAAUUUGGAAUUAUGGAAGAACAGUCAUCUUGUGGUUCACUCUGAAAAGUCACUAUUAUUAAUUGAUAUAAUAAACAAAAGGAAAAUUGGAGAACUUCGAAUUAAUCGCCCGCAUUCUAGAACAACUUAUACCGAGACCCUGGUUUCUCCUAGAGUUGCAGGCAGAAUUAACGAAGGAAUUGAGGUCGAGCCCAUGGGUACCCAUAAUGGAGUUAGAGAAGUCUUCAGCGAGGAUCAGAGUGUUCAAGAACUUGAGUUACAACUGCGGGAAAUGCAGUCCGACAUGAGGUGGCUGAGGGCCAUGUUACAACAGUUAAAUCAACAAAUGGGCCUGCCUGAUUCGUUCCCCCCUCCCCCUCAAGUACGGGUAAAAUCUUGCAAUGCCAUCAGCUUUGUGGUGAGGGUGGAGGCAUAUGUGACUGAGCGGGUAGAACUCGGCACCCAGGUCGAACUCAUGGGUACCCAUAAUGCAGUAAGAGAAGUCUUGGGCAAGGAGCAUCCUUCACAGGUUAUGUGCUUGGGCUUCGAGCCAUACCCAAGGCAUGCUUUUGGAACCCCCAGGUCCGGAAACUCCACUGCGACCAUAACUGCCAUGUCGCACAGCCAGCUGCAGCAGAGAUUUCAAGGAAUUAAGUUACAAUUGCAGGAAUUGCGAUCCGACAUGGUGUGGAUGAGGGCCAUGUUACAACAGUUAGGGCAACAAAUGGGUCUGCCUGAUUUGUUUCCCCCUCCCCCUCCAGUACAGAGCCACGAGUUGGUAGUCACUCCAGUUCUGGGUGCAGAUGAUCCCUAUCCCACUCCUGAAGUAUCAUUGCUAGACUCAGAAAGGCAGCUGUCUGGAACAGCAUCAUCUCAGACGCCUGCAAGAGGGAAUGAGAAGGGGAAGGGGAAGAAUAAUUAAUUGUAAACAAACUUCUUCCUAAUUCAAUAUUGAAUUUAGGUUUUAUUUCAAUGGCAUAAUUCUUAUCUGUUGAAUGAUUGUAUAGAUGUGAUUUAAUGAAUGGACGUGAAGAGUUCUCUUGAAAACAAGUAUAAGGAUUUCGUUACAAAAAAAAGAAAAAUAACAACAAUCACUUAAUUACAAUUUAAAAUGAUUGUUCACAAAAAACAAAACAAAAACCGGUUAAUUAACUCUCGCUAAAUAGGCAGCCAUUCACAAUUAUAGGCAAGAAAUUUUUAAUAAUUGUUGCUAAUUUUGAAAACCAGCCUUUUAAAAUUGUUGCUAUUUUUCUUGCAAAAUUAAUUGUUGCUAAUUACACAAAUUAGAAAAUUUCCCACCAUGUCAUUCUAUUCCCGCCGUAGAGAAUGGUAUGCUUCUACCAAGUUCCCUCCACUAUUUUUUUUUUUUUUGAGUUUGAAAUUAACUAGAAAAGCAACUCUAAAAGAAUGAUGAUAUGAAGGUUUCUAGAUGUUACUUCACUCGCCCAUAUUCCUCUUGUAUUCUCUUUGAUAUCUCUCCACAAUUUGUGCGACUUUGACUGAACUGACAAGGAUUGUGAUUUGAAGGUUUCAGAAGUUAGUAUCUCUCUGCUAGCCUCUAAUAAUGGCUUACUUUCUAGGAACAUUAGACAGGGGGAUUCUCUUUGUUUGAAGAUUUGGAGAGGUUAUGAAUCUCUUAGUUCAUCACUAAUCCUCACUCUCAGAGUAAAUGGAUAUACAUCAGUGGUUGAGCAAGAUAAAUAGGGGAAGAUAAACAAUUUGAAGAAAACAAGAUUGAGCUUGGCCUUUCUUCAGCUUAUAAGCUUUGGACAGCAGCAUAUUGCAUCCCCAAAGAGAGGACUGGAGUUUUAUUCUUCUCUGACACUAUAGCAAGUACGGAACUGAACUCAUUUUACUUCUUCAACUUAUUCAACUGUUAUGUCUGCAAAAUGUAAUCUUCAACUAUUUUGCUUUCUUCAUUUUGUGGGUUCUCUUGCUUUUUAUGCCCUUUUGUGAGUCCGUUUAACAAAGCUAGGUGCUCUAUUGCUUUCCUGUUGUGGCGCAAGCUUGAUUAUCAAAAGAAAAGAAGGAAAUAUCAAAAUAAUUAGAUAUGAUGUUUUCUAUUCUUUUCUCCCUUAUCUUUAGGUACCCAGAUGUUGGGGGAACAAUUAGUAUCUCUUGGUCCUUUGUUGUGACUUGUGAGGGAAUUAUUUGACAAAAUUUGCA